GGAGGAGACGGGGCAGCUAGUAAAUCCCUCCCAGCCCUAAUCCCUCAGUCGUGCCUGUGUAUGUUGAUGCUCUUUACAUUUUUAGGGCAAAAAGACUAGACUAGGUUUUUUCAGGCUACAAGUGAAUUUUAAAGAAAGAUCUGAUGUGUGACUGGGAGCUUCAACUCGUUUUGUCCUGGAGUGAAGAGAAGACCUUACAGGAAUUUGGAAUUACCACUAACAGCACCAUAAGAAGCACAACAUGGAGCAGAAGUUACUGAUGAAACAGACACGUUUUGUUUUAUUGGGACAGUCACACCUGAAUAGGCUGCACUGCAAAUCAUACAGACUGAUGGUGUGAUGUCAUUAAUAGACCUUUAUUUGCUAUUAAGUUUAAAAACCAGUAAGUGGAGUAAAGUGACUAAUGACCCUGAAACUAGUUUUUAAGGGUAGUAAGUCAGUAUGAUUAACUAAGAACUCCAACUGCUAUUUUAUGACAACUAUAUUUUUCCCUAAAAUUCAGAACUGACAUAAUUAAUAAGCCAAACAAAACCUUUUAUUUACAGUUAUAUUAACAGUUAGAAAAGCUGGUCUAGUAGGCCAAGAUGGCUGACCACUACCAGAACAACAUGUACAGCCAAGGAGACUACCCUCUUCAGGAAGACGAUGCAGCAAGUGAUGUGACUGAAGGACAUGAUGAAGAGGAUCAGAUGUAUGAAGGAGAAUAUCAAGGGAUUCCACAUCCUGAUGACACAAAGGCUGCACAGAGAGCUGCAUGGGCUAAACCUCAAACAGGUAGCAGUGCAGCAUCUGAUCUAGAGGAGUUAUCUGAGCAGUAUGAGUACAUCAUGGAAGAAUGUGGUCAUGGGAAAUUCCAGUGGAUGCUCUUCAUAGUGCUGGGCCUGGCUCUAAUGGCUGAUGGAGUUGAGUGUUUUGUGGUUGCAUUUGUUCUACCGUCUGCAGAAAAGGACCUGUGUCUGUCCAAUGCAGAGAAAGGAAUGCUGGGUCUCAUCGUUUUCCUGAGCAUGAUGGUGGGAGCAUUUCUGUGGGGAGGACUGGCAGACAAAGUUGGCCGUCGGCAAUGUCUGAUUCUGGCAUUAUCUAUAAACUGUAUCUUCGCAUUUAUGUCUUCCUUAGCUCAGGGUUACAGCUUCUUCCUCUUCUUCAGACUUCUUUCUGGCAUUGGUAUUGGUGGCACAGCACCGAUCGUGUACUCGUACUUCUCAGAGUUUCUUCAGAUGAACAAGAGAGGAGAGCAUCUGUCCUGGUUGUGUAUGUUCUGGAUGAUUGGUGGGAUCUAUGCUUCAUUCACUGCCUGGGGAAUUAUACCCAGAUAUGGCUGGGGCUUCAGUAUGGGCACAGAAUUUCAGUUCCACGCUUGGCGAGUGUUCGUCCUGGUUGCGGCUCUCCCUGCAAUUGCUUCUCUGGUUGGACUUACCUUUAUGCCCGAGAGCCCACGUUUCCUCCUGGAGAAUGGCAAACAUGAUGACGCGUGGAUGAUCCUAAAACAGGUCCAUGACACUAACUGGAGAGCCAAGGGGCAGCCGGAAAAAGUCUUCACUGUGGUGCACAUCAAGACACCGAAAACAACUGAAGACGGUUUUUUCGAGGUUCAGAGUGCAACGAGAACACCUGUACAACGAUGGGCUGUACGCUCACUGACACUCUGUAAACUGGUGUUGAGGAACGUGGCAUCUCUCCUUUCUGCAGAGCUGAGAUUUGCUACACUCUUCAUGGCUGUCAUCUGGUUCUGCAUGGCUUUCAGGUUCAUCAAUAUAGAGAUGAAGUCAGUGAAAUUUAAAGACUCUCUGUUUGAAGACUGUCACUUUGAGAACAUCAGGUCCUCUGAAACAGUGUUUGAGAACUGCACCAUCCACUCCACUGUCUUCUACAACACAGACCUGUGGGAGGCAAAGUUUAUUGACUGUAAGAUGGAGAACACCACCUUUGAACACAACAAGCAUGGCUGCCACCUAGAUACUGCUAAGGAGAAUGAUGUCCUCAUCUACCUGGUCAGCUUCCUAGGCAGUCUGGCAGUGCUGCCAGGCAACAUCAUCUCAGCUCUCUACAUGGAGAAGAUUGGCAGAGUAAAGAUCAUAGGUGGAUCCAUGCUGAUUUCAGCAGGCUGUACAUUUUUCCUGUUUCUAAGCUUCAGCCAAUCAGCAAUCAUUGCACUACAGUGUCUGUUCUGUGGUGUUAGUGCAGCUGCAUGGAAUGGAAUUGAAGUGGUGACUGUGGAACUGUAUCCAGCUUCAAAGAGAGCAACAGCUUCUGGUGUGCUGAAUGCUCUGUGUAAACUGGCUGCUGUUCUCAGCAGCUCCAUCUUUGCUAGCUGUGUGGGAAUCACCAAAGCCAUCCCUAUCCUACUAUCCUUUACUGCGCUGGUGUGCGGCGGCCUUGUGGCCCUCAACCUGCCUGACACGCAACAGAAAAUUCUCCAGUGAAGUGAUACGAGCGUGUUGAGGUGGGAAUGAGGGGGGUAAGGAAGAGGCCAAAACACAUCUACUUCUUGUUGGAGGCUAAUGAGUUUACCUUGACUCUGAACUUAAAAAAAAAACAAGACUUGGAACAACUCAAAACUGUUCAUUAGAACAAUUUUUUUCAGGUUGGAGGUUUUAGACCAGGAAAAAGCAGGUUUAUGUUUUUCUGUAUUUCUGUAUGAGUCUUUAUUGAUGCCAUGAAUCCACUAAGGCAGUUGACAUACUAACCAUUUAAUGAUUUGUUUGACUUACGUGGACAGAUGUUUUUUGAAUGUUUAAAGCACGCGCUGUAAUAUAUUGUGUCUUCCUACCACUAUUUACAUGCAUGUCAGGGUAAAAAAAGUGUUAUCUGUAAUUUGCACCUUAAAAGUUUUUCCAACACUUUUAGCAAAUAACCUGCUUGAAAUCAUGGGACAAACAGCUGAAUAAAGAUUUUCCGAUUUCAACAAACUCUACCUACAAACAUGUAACCCAAACUGUUUACACCAUGCCUUAAAGCUUAUACAUAGUGACUUCACAUUUGUGACUACAUGUGGUUAAAACUGUAGUGACUUAAGGCAGCAAAGACAGACUUGGGUAAGCUCUGUUAUCAAUAUUUCAUAGCUUAAAAAUCUGCUUUAGCUUUUCUUUAUACUAAAUAAAUAAGCUAGUCCUUGUAAACAGUGGCUAAAUAACCUAGCUUAGCAAACUAGCCCCAGACUGUAACAGAUUUUCUGUGAUCAGUGUGAUUAAAUCACAUACUUCUACAUAUUAACGUCAAGAUUAGGUUUUGAUGACAGAAAUGUGAUGCUGUUGCUCUGUGAAUUUUUGCAGGGGUGAUCUCACUCAUUCCAGUUCCCACGUGUCUUUAUGUCUUGUAAUGUUAAUACUGUUCUAGUUUGGAUUUUCACAUCUGAUAAUACUGCACUUGUCUGUAUAUGUCAUCUGUAAUACACAAUCAGUUAAUUCACUGGUGAUUCUUAGUUAAACUGAAAAUAUUAGCAACAUAAGUGAAAUCCCCUUUUCUGAAAGUUUAUUUUGUUUUUAACUGUUGAUGUCAGUUUUAAGGCAGUGGGAUAUGGGGAUCACUAUUUUCAAAUAUUUUUAACCAGAUGUUUGACUGAUUCAUUGUGAAAAUAACCUUAAGAUCAACCUCUUAACAUCCAGUAUAUUAUUGAAGAACCAUCUAGGAUUAGGGUCAAGGACAGGAGUAGACUUUGGUAACUUGCAUGUUUUUUAAGAACUGUUGCCUCUUUGGCCCACCAACACCUGUAAACAGAAUUAAGUGAAUAACUGUAUGGCACAAAUGUAUGCAACAUUAUAUGAAAUGUAGUACCUUCCAGUUUCUGAAAAUGUACUUGUUUAUUAUAAGGAUAAAAUACAUCCUUUAAAAAUAACCCUCAUCGUAAACUUGUUGUUUUUAAGAGAUUAAUCAUUAGCAAACAGUAAUUGUGAGACUGGAUGAAGCAGACAAAUUUAUUUUAUUGACCUGCAGGACAGAGAACAUUUGAACUUACAUCCCCUAGACUGAAGAAAUACAUAACCUUUAAUAGGAUCCUAACAAGAGAUAUAUUGGUCAUACUGAAAAUGUAAUAUUUAGGAAAAUGGUUCUUCAAGCAUUCUGCUUGGACACCUCUUUGCACUAACCUCUUUUUAAAAAAAAAUUGGAUGAUUGUUAUUGUUGGAUGGUCAUUCUUGCAGCAUCAAUUCACCUGCAGUUUUUAACAGCUCAUUGCAAUUAACUGAGAUUGUCACGAUCCUGGGUUUUCUGACCCAGCGGUUUCAGUUUCUUGUGUUUUGUCAUUUUGUAUUAUGGUUUUAGUCCACCUUGUUAGUUUAAAGUUUAGUUCUAGUCCCUAGGUUGUUAUGUUUAGCUUUUGGUUGUUAGAUUUCCCCGUGUCGUUGCUCCUGUGUUCCCUCUGUGUAUCUGUGUUCAUAUAGUUCUCAGUUCCUGUGGCUUGUUUCCCCUUGAGUUUUAUUCCAUGUUUCCACAGCCCAUUAUGCUCUCCCUGUGCUCUCUCUCUCCCCUCCGGUCUGCCUCUGUGUCCUUCCUGUGUUACGUUUAAGGCCCACGUCUUGGGUCAGUAUUUUCAGUUCCGUGUCCCCCCUGUCUUGUUAUGUGUUUGUCCUCAGCUGUGCUGCCUGUGUGUUCCCACGUCUCUCAUUACCUUCUGUGCGUCAUCCAUCAGUGUUGUGUGCGUUUCCCCGUGGCCUCCCUGUGCCUUAGUUCAUCCCAGUGUAGUUUUAUAUUGCCCUUUGCCAUUCUGUUAAUAAAGCUGUGUUUUGAAUUUAUCCCUGCGUGUUGUUAGUCCUGCCUUUGGGUCCUCUCCUGCCAGCACACAGCCGGUUCCUGACAGAGAUGCUUAUGAUCAGUGAAUAUUGCAGUCACAUUAUUUAAAGUUAAUAGAAUAUUUAUCUGUGUAUUGAAGUCCAACAUUUUGUCUUUUUUGAUGUUUCCGCAUGAGUACUGUACUGGACUGUACUGGAUUACUGUCAUGUGCUGGGUCUUUUGACCCAGCAUUUUGAGUUUCAUGCCUUUUUGUAAUAUGAUGUCGUUUGUAUAGUUUAGGCUUCAGUUAGUUCUGUUUGAGUUCUCUGUUUCCUUGUUUAGGUUCCUCCCACGUAGGUGUCUCUCCCACUAUGUUGGUUAUAGUGCCGUGCCUUCAUCGUGUGAGUCUGUCAUGUCCCUUGUGUUUAAGUCUCCCUUGCCCUUUGUGUGUCUCAGCGAUGUCUUUGUCUCCCUUCGUGUCUCGCUCCCUCUCUCCCUCUGUCUCCACCUCUUAUUUACAUGUUUCCCCUUGUCUCCCAUUCCAUCUGUCAUGUGUGUUCUCCCUAGCCAUCAUGUUCUCUGUAUUUGUUGCUUAUUUAUUUCCAUGUCUCAUUUCCAGUUUCUAUUUCCCUAUUGCCAUGUCAAGUGUGUGUGUCUUGGUCUGCGUGUUUCCUGUUUUACUUUGACAUUCCCGCGUCUUAUGUUCAGCGUGUUCAGUUUGCUUCCUCCUGACUUGUUAUUAUGUUUAUUCGUCCUAGCUGUGUUGCCCGUGUGCUUCCUUUUCCCUCGUCACCCUCUUGUGUAUUCCUGUCUGUAUGAACUCUCAUGCAUUCAUUGUCAAGUUGUCUGUUAUGUUUAUGCCAUGUUAUCAAGGUUUCAUGCUUCCAGGUAUUUACGAAUUCUCACCAGGUUUAUGGUUUUUCAUGUUUACUUUCUUGUUUCCACAGUUCAGGUUUUUGUUUAGUGUCGUAUUGGUUUGCCUAGCCCUUUGUUUCAUACUUUUUAUCAAACACAAUAAAUGUCUUACUUUCAGUUAAAA